AUGGAAUUUCUCCUGAUGGGGUUUUCUGAUGUAUGGGAACUCCGCAUUGUGCAUGCUGUAUCUUUCUCCCUUAUGUAUUUGUUGACUCUUAUUGGUAAUUUUCUCAUUGUUAUUGUCACCACCCUGGACAAAAGCCUUCACACACCCAUGUACUUCUUUCUCAGGAAUCUGUCUAUUUUGGAUGCAUGCUAUAUUUCUGUAACAGUUCCUAAUUCAUGUGUAAAUUCCCUGCUUGGGAGCAAUGUCAUUUCAAGGAAAGGAUGUAUGCUUCAGGUUUUCCUGGUGCCUUUCUUGGUGUAUGUGGAGAUGAUGUUUCUCACUGCUAUGGCACAUGACCGCUAUGUGGCCAUCUGCCAACCUCUCCAUUAUCCUGUGAUUAUGACUCCUCAAGUCUGUAUCCAGAUGACACUGAUUUCCAUUUUUAGUGGUCUUGUGUACUCAGGAUUUCACACAGGGAUCACCUUUAGACUGACCUUCUGUCAUUCCAAUGUUAUUGGUAAGUUUUUCUGUGAUGUCCCCUCUCUACUAAGACUCUCCUGUUCUAAUACCUUUACCAAUGAGAUCAUAAACUAUGCAUCUGCUUUCUUGGUUGGUGGAUUCUGCUUCACGUUUAUCAUCAGGUCUUACAUUCACAUAUUUUCUACUGUGCUCAAGUUCCCUAUUGGAGCAGACAAAGCAAAGGCCUUUUCCACCUGCAUUCCUCAUAUCCUUGUGGUGUCUGUCUUACUCACCUCAAGCUCCUACGUUUAUCUAAGACCCUCUGAAAUCUUAGCAACCAUCCAGGAUAUGGUGCUUUCUGCAUUGUACACCAUAAUUCCUCCUCUCUUCAAUCCAAUUAUUUAUAGUCUUAGAAAUGAACAAAUAAAAUAUGCCAUCAGGAAAUUAAUAAAAGUUUAA